CACAAAGUGUAAAACCUGUAUUUGUACAGUUUCUUUUCUGUAUUCCUAAAUUGUAGAAAUGAAAAUCCAAGCUGGGGAACACCAAUUCCAUAAAUUAUGGUAUAGAAAGUUAUACGAUUCUAUCAAUUUUUUGGCAGUGGGAAAACCUUUCUUGGAAGAACUAAGCGAGGAAAACGACAUUCUCAUUGGUACAACCGCAGGGCGCGUGCUGAUUCUUAACGAAACCAAACCCGUAGAAGGUUUAUUAGAAACAAAGGGUGGAUCGAUUCAAUCAAUUAAAUUACACGAUCUGACAGGAUUCGGUGCACUCGAUCUUGCUGUGGGUGAUUGCGAUGGUGUUGUCACUUUAUUCUCCCGUCAACAGAUUUUAAGCAAACGAGACCUGGGAUCAGCUAUUACAGACAUUACAAUUCACAGCGACUUGUUGGGAGGCUGCGAAAUCAUAGCAGGAGAUAUUAAUGGAACCGUGACAAGUUUCCAACAACAUGAUGCGCUAUGGAAAAUUAAUAUUGCAGAGGAGUCUGCAAAGUUAGCCACACUAGGUCUUAAAGGUCGUAGAUCACCGUCUAUACGAUGCAUGCUUUCGACUACAUUAAAGGACCGUUUUGGAAUGAAUAUGGCAUGCCUACUAGUGUGUGAUGGCUGGCCUCUCGUUCACUUUAUUCAAACAGGUGUUAGGAUCCAAACGUUAAGGUCGCCUAGUGUGAUACAUUCGAUGUGCGCAGGAAACUUUUUGGAUUCAGAGGGCUUAAGGCGGUUUUUACAUUCAAGUAAAAGAUUAGCUGGAUCAUACAAAUUGGACUCCCAGCAAGUGUUAUUAGCAGGGCAGGAUGGCUACAUUUAUAUUAUGGUGAACUUUGAAAUAUUUCAAUGGGUUAAAGUAGGAUUCUGUCUUAGCAGUCUAAUCAAAUUUCGUCCAUCAACUUUGGAUAAUAAUGAAACAGACAUGGUGAUAUGUACGGGACAUUCAAACGAAGUGCUAAUUUUUCAAAAUGGAGCACAAAUAUCACACAUUAGAACCUCUGAUUGGCCACAUGCAAUCACACUAGGUGAUGUCAAUGCAGAUGGGCAGGAUGAACUUGUACUAGGGCUUCUAGAUCAAACGAUUGAAGUGUAUCAAUGGACAAUAAAGAAAUAAUAGAGUUUUGCAGAACCCAUUAUAAACUAUUAUGCAACGUAUGGAGAUAAAAAAUUCUUUUAUUGUUUUAA